ACUUAAUUUAAUUAUCAUUAUCUGUGGUAAGUUAAUGUUUAGAACGCGUAUUGCAUUUUCAGUGCUUUCGGUACUUUGCCUUUCAAACAAAUCUUUCUACUUGGACAAAGUUGCCUUCUAAAAUAACUAUAAAAUAAUAUAUAACCAUGAACGCACCACCAACAUUCGAAUCCUUCCUUUUAUACGAAGGAGAACAAAAAGUUCAAAAAGAAGAGGAUACGAAGGUAACUAAUGCCGCAAUAUUUACUGUCAACAAAGAGGACCAUACUCUUGGAAACAUGAUUAGACAUCAACUCUUGAAAGACCCUAAAGUGCUGUUUGCGGGUUACAAAGUGCCGCAUCCCCUGGAGCACAAGUUUGUGCUGCGCAUCCAGACCACCUCAGAUUACACGCCACAGGAGGCCUUCAUGAACGCCAUCACCGAUCUUACAUCAGAAUUGUCUUUGUUUGAAGAGAGGUUUAAAGAAGCCAUUAAGGAGAAGAAGGAUGGAUUAGAUUAAAAAUAUAGGAAUUAAAACCUUUUAUACUGUAAGUUUGAAAUAUAUCUCAUGAAUUAAGAAAUAUUUGUAUACUCAAACACACCCACUUUGUCAAUAGAAAAAAGCCCGAAAUUCUCAUUUUCUAUGGGAAGUCAACUCUUUUUGACUACAUUUUUUAAUUUUGUCGCCUUUGUCUACUGACAAGUUUGGUGUGGCAGGGCAUAUUUUUAAUGAACUCAUCCCACCCAACACCGAACUUGGUAAACAAUGUUUAGUUAGAUAAAUGUGACAAUCCAAAUCAAAAGGGACCUUAUGACGGUCGGUGCUUACGCCAUUAUUAUCGGCGCGCCAAUACUCAUGCGGUGCUACGCAACAUAAGCGCUGACCGCCAUAAGGUCCUUUUUGAUAUGAAUUGUAAUUUAAAAUUAUCCUUCAUUAACUCCUGUGCCAUUCUGUAGGGCGGGUGGCGGGAUUUUAGGCGUUGUCUGGGCUUGCUGCCUUCUGAGGUGUGGUGGAGGUAUGUGGCUCAGAGUUGGCAGCCACUUUACCCAACCCCAAUAAUAACUUAAAAACCCAAUACCCAAAAAUAAAAAUGAAUACCCAAUAAUUGUACUUUUAUGACUUUUUUACCCAAUAAUUGUACUUUUAUGACUUUUUUACCCAAUAAUUGUACUUUUAUGACUUUUUAGGGUUCCGUAGCCAAAUGGCAAAAAACGAAACCCUUAUAGAUUCGUCAUGUGCGUCUGUCUGUCCGAUUAUGUCACAGCCACUUUUUUUACCCAAUAAUUGUACUUUUUUCGUAGCAAAGGAAUUUUGUAUUAGGUACCUAUAAGUGAAAACUGUUUUGGCUUAUGUUCUAACUUUAUCUUUUACCUUAUUGUAUUAUUAUGUGCUGUAUGUUUCCAAAAUAAAUAUUUUUUGCUUUUUGGG